GCAGAUGUGGUCACUGCAAGGAUUAUCUGUUUUUUAUUGGUUGACAGUGGCAUCUUAUCCUUAUGCCGAGGAACCAGCAUGCCAACAAAUAGGGGAUGUGGAAGAAGCAGAGCUUAUUAAGAAUGGUGACAUUAUGUUGGGAGGAAUCUUCUCUUUCUACAGCAGCUGGAAAAACAUCCAGGAAAACUAUGAAAAAAAACCUCAGCGACUGCAAUGCACCAGUUUAAAUUUCAGAGACUUCCAGUUUGCACAGGCCAUGCUCUUUGCCAUUGAGGAAAUUAAUAACAGCACAGAGCUCCUGCCAGGAAUUACUCUGGGCUAUAAAAUGUACGAUACUUGUGGUUCUAUUGCCAGAAGUGUGAGAGUUGCACUGGCAUUACUCAGUGGUAAUGAAAUUGAGGCUUCACCUGCAAAUGCAUGUAGAACGCCUGCACAAGUACAGGUGAUAAUGGGAGAGACCUCUUCCUCUCCUAGUGCAGCAAUUGCCACGGCUGUUGGACCCUUGCGGAUCCCAAUGGUCCCUGAGUCAGUUUGCAGUAAGAGGUGUCCUCAUGGAACUCGCAAAGUCCUCCAGAAAGGAAGACCUGUCUGCUGUUAUGACUGCGUGCAAUGCACAGAAGGAGAAAUGAGCAACAUUACAGAUUCUAUCACCUGUUUAAAAUGCCUCCCAGACUUCUGGUCAAAUGAGGAAAGAGAUGCCUGUAUAAAAAAAGAAGAACUGUUCCUGUCGUAUGACGAAAUUAUGGGACAAUUACUAACAGCAGUUUCUUUAAUUGGUACAUGUAUGACUGCUGUUGUGGCAGCUAUCUUCUUCAGACAUCGGAAAACACCACUUGUUAGGGCAAAUAAUUCUGAACUAAGCUUUCUAUUGCUCUUCUCUUUGAGUCUGUGUUUCCUCUGUUCCCUGACCUUCAUCGGCCAACCCUCUGAGUGGUCCUGCAUGCUUCGUCAUACAGCUUUUGGAAUCACCUUUGUCCUCUGCAUCUCAUGUGUUCUCGGCAAAACAAUAGUGGUUUUAAUGGCAUUUAAAGCCAAAACCCCAGGUAGACAUGCCAGACAAUGUUUCGGCCCUGUGCAGCACAGGUUCAGUGUUCUGGGUUUUACUCUAAUACAAGUUGUCAUAUGUAUCCUUUGGUUAACAAUUUCUCCCCCUUUCCCAAUCAGGAACUUCAAGGAAUUCAAAGAUAAAAUUGUUCUGGAAUGCAAUUUGGGAUCCACAAUUGGUUUCUGGUCUGUGCUUGGAUAUAUAGGGCUUCUUGCCAUGCUGUGUUUUAUCUUUGCUUUCCUGGCUCGAAAAUUACCUGACAAUUUUAAUGAAGCUAAACUGAUCACCUUCAGCAUGCUGAUAUUCUGUGCGGUGUGGAUCACCUUUAUACCAGCAUAUGUCAGCUCUCCUGGGAAGUUCAGUGUGGCUGUAGAAAUCUUUGCUAUUCUAGCAUCAAGUUUUGGAUUGCUAAUUUGUAUAUUCGUCCCAAAAUGCUUCAUUAUCUUACUUAAACCAGAGAAAAAUACAAAGAAAAAUAUGAUGGGAAGGGGGUCACAAAAAUAG